AUGAGAUUUUUUCUUCUUUUUGGACUUCUGUUUAUCGCUGUUUUUGGACAAGUCGACGUCCAAAAUGUUGAAGACGCUCUCGAAGGAACCGACCUUGUCAACAACGACGAAGUCUUAGAAGCUGACCCCUCCGACCUGGACGUCACGGAGCCAGAAACCGAAACUGAAACCGACGACAAUUCCGCUUCGGACGAAGAAGAAGCCGAACCUGAGCCAGAAAAAGAACCUGAAGCAGAACCAGAGGCCGAGGCGGAACCAGAAGCGGAGAAGGAACCCGUUCCAGAACCAGAACACUUCAGCGGAGGAUCAUUUGUCGGCGGAAUCGUCUUUGCCAUCGUCGUCAUGGGACUGAGCAUUGUCGGAUAUCGAUACUGGCAAUCGCAGCGAAACAUGCUUUAA